AUGGCUCUUUCUCAUUUGACAACAGAGCGGGUUUUAGCUCAAAUUGAGCGUGUCAUUCAAUCCAACCAUGAAUUUCGUCUAAACGACAGUGUCAAAGUGAAUCUGGUCCAUGUUGAAAUGCCCAAUGGCGGUACCGGAACAAAACGCAGUGAAAUAAAUUUGGAAAAGCAUUUGAUCAAUAAAAGGGCAAUUGUUCGUAUUCAGAACAAGGAUGAUUUAUGUUUAGCUCAAGCUUUAGUUGUUUCGAUUGCCAAAAUUGAAAACGAUAGCCGGUAUAAAACUAUAAGUGAUUUUCGUUGUUCACUGCAAACACGUUUAGCUCAUGAUUUGCACCAGGAAGCAGGUGUUCCGAUAGGUUCUUGCGGUAUGGACCACGUCAAACAAUUUCAAGCGUAUUUGACCGAUUAUCAAAUCAACAUUGUUUCGAAAGAGCAUCAAAAUUCUGUCAUUUUUUCUGGACUUGAUAAAGAAAAAAGGAUCUAUUUGUUUCUGCAUGACAAUCAUUUCGACGUGAUCACAAGCAUGCCGGCUUUUAUUGCUCGUAAAAUGUAUUGCCAUACCUGUAAAAAGGGAUAUGACCAUCAAAGGGAUCAUUUAUGCGGAGAUAUGUGUAAAUUGUGCCAUUUUCAAAAUUGUCCGAUUGUUUCGUGGAUUUCAUGUAGUGAUUGUAAUCAUAUUUUUAAAAGUCAAGAAUGUUUCGAUUGGCACAAACAAAACGUAGGAAAUGCAAAAUCGAUCUGUUUGUCUACUGCCAAGUGUCCUCAUUGUAAUUGUGUUUUCGAACGGACUCAACUGAGGCCUGAUUUGCAUCACUGCGGACUGAAACGUUGUUCAACCUGUGAAAAAUAUGUGGGCAUCGAAGACCACCAAUGUUACAUGCAACCUGUCAAGGAAAAACCUCCACGUGAGACUGGUUUAUGUGAUGACGAAGCGGAUGAGGACGUCCACGAAAGCGGAUACAACGAACUACUGUUCUUCGAUUUCGAGUGCAUCCAAGAGAAUGGUACUCACGAACCGAACUUGUGCGUAAUUCAAAACGAGGCUGGUGACGAAUGGUUGUUUCAAGGAGAUAAUACCAGGAACGAGUUCUGCGAAUGGCUGUUCACGAAAGAACAUGAAGGAUGUAUUGUGGUGGCCCAUAAUUUUCAGGGCUAUGAUGGUUAUUUCAUCCAACAAUACCUACACGAGAACGGUGUUAUUCCUGAAGUCAUCAUGCGUGGUGCCAAGAUCCUUACAUUGUAUGUACCUAUGCUCAAGAUUAAAUUCAUCGAUUCCUUGAGUUUCAUACCAAUGAGACUGGCUGAUUUUCCCAAAACCUUUGGUUUGAACGAGCUGGCAAAAGGAUAUUUCCCUCACCUCUUCAACAGGAAGGAAAACCAGAAUUAUGUUGGACCCCUACCACCGAGUCCUUAUUACCAUCCCAAUGGAAUGAAUCCAGCAGAGAAAGAGACGUUUUUGAAAUGGCAUCAGGAAUUGAAGGAGAACAAUUAUGUGUUCAAUUUCCAAGAAGAAAUUCUGAGUUACUGUCGAUCCGAUGUGGAUAUCCUUCGACGUUGUUGCCUUGAAUUUCGCGAGUUGUUCCGUGACGUCACCGACAUUGACCCGUUCGAGAAAUGCCUAACCAUUGCGUCAGCGUGCAAUCUCGUGUUUCGGACGAAUUUCCUUAAAGAAAACACCAUUGCCAUUUUGCCUCCACACGGCUAUCAUCCAGGAAUCAAGCAAUCCAACAUCGCCUUGAAAUGGUUAUCUUACACAGCCGAGAAGAAUGACGUGUACAUUCGACAUAAACGGAAUGGUGGAGAGAAGACUGUUGGUCAAUAUUCCUUGGAUGGCUAUGAUGAGGAAACACAUACAGCAUAUGAAUUCCAUGGCUGUUUCUGGCACGGUAAGUUUUUUAGAGGGUCAGUUUUUUACAUAGGUACAGUACUUUAACGAAAUAUUUUUUACAGGGUGUUUGAAAUGUUACGCACGGGACACCGUCAACAAGGUCAGCGAAAAGACCAUGCAUGAUCUCCAUCAAGCCACCAUGGAAAAGACCCAGUACCUUAAAGAUCGUGGCCUCCAUGUUGUCGAAAUGUGGGAGUGCGACAUGAAGAAAGAAUUGGAACACGAUGAAGACAUGAGACAGUACUUCGAGGAUUACGAUGUGGUGGAUCCUUUGGAACCACGACAUGCUUUCUAUGGUGGUCGAACCAACGCAACGAAACUCUUCCACGAAUGCAAAGAGGAUGAGAAGAUAAGGUAUGUUGUUAGUGCACCCCAAUAGAUCUAGGAACGGGAGUCUAAUGUCCGUUUUUCUUACAGGUACGUCGACUUCACCAGUCUCUAUCCCUGGUGUAACAAGAUGACCAAAACGGUCAUUGGUCGGCCCCGUAUCAUCACUGAAAACUUUGAUGAUAUUACCACGUACUUUGGCUUGAUCAAGUGCACGGUAUUACCACCUCGUGGACUUUUCCAUCCAGUCCUUCCCUAUCGGACCCAAGGCAAGCUGAUGUUUCCUCUGUGCAAAGCCUGUGCUGAUACGUGUAACCAAGCCCCUUGUACUCAUUCCGAGCGUGAAAGAGCUAUCCAGGGAACCUGGUGCAGCGUGGAAUUAGAGAAAGCCCUGGAGAAAGGUUACAAUAUCCUCCAAAUGCACGAAGUGUGGCAUUUUCCCGAAACCUCCGACGUGCUGUUCAAGGAUUAUGUGGACACUUUCCUCAAGAUCAAGCAAGAAUCCAGUGGUUAUCCCAAGAAUUGUGUCACCGAGGAACAGAAACAGCAGUACGUCGACGAAUACUUGGCAGUCGAGGGUAUACAACUAGACCGAGAAAAGAUCGAACACAAUCCUGGGAUGCGUGCACUGUCCAAACUGAUGUUGAAUUCGUUUUGGGGUAUGUAUUUUUUAAACGGUAAUGUUCUCGCAAGGACGGCGAGGUAAACUUAUCUUUUACAGGUACUUAUAUUAGAUUUUUUCCCUUAGGAAAAUUCGCGCAACGGUCCAAUAUGGCCAAAGUAGAAUUGAUUAAAGAUCCCCAAGUGUAUUUCGACUAUCUAUCGUCGGAUGAAAUCAUGUUCUCGACGUGAGAUUCGUAAGCGACGAAAUGGUCGAGCUUCGUUACGAGUACAACGAGAACUUCGUCGAACCCAACGCCAAAACGAACGUAGUCAUCGCCGCUUUUACCACCGCUUAUGCCCGUCUCAAACUCUAUGGGGUGUUGGAUCAACUUCAGGAGCGAGUGUUAUAUUACGACACGGACUCUGUGAUAUUUGUUAGCAAACCCGGCGAACCAGAACCAUCGCUAGGUCCUUACCUGGGCCAGUUGACCGACGAAUUAAAAGAAGGACAUAUUACUACCUUCAUCUCGGGCGGUCCGAAGAAUUACUGUUACAAGACUAGUACCAACAAGGUCGAGACGAAGAUACGAGGGAUUACCUUGAAUUGUACUGCCAUGCAAAAAGUGAAUUUUGAUGUCAUUCGUAUCUGUGAAUAACUAUAAACAAAAAUUGCGAAACGUCAAAUAUCCAGCAAAGUUCUAUCGGUAAAAACUAUAAAACAAAAAUGCUUUGCCUAAGUUCACACACAAAAAGUUUACCUAUAUAGUUUGUUAAACACCAUACCUUUAAAAGUUGAAAGCAGCAAGUCUUUAUAUUAGAAAAAACCACUCGCGAAACGUCAGUAAAGUUUUCUGUGUGAACAAUAUAUCAAAGCAAAUCUUUCAAAGUUCUCUCUGCGAAAGCUGUGUAAACACUACGCUCUUGUAAAUUCGAAGACCUCAAUUUAUACAGUAUAUUAAAUCCGGUUCGAACUGGUAUUGUAGCGCUUAAUACAAGGAUCAUUUUUUUUUUUUUUACAAUAAACGUUAUGCGACAAAUCUUUCGCGACAAAUAGUUGCUGACGCCAUCUGAAAAAUCAUAUUUUUUACAAUAAACGUUAUGCGACAAAUAGUUGCUGACGUCAUCUCAAAAGAUCACGCGACAAAUGUUACGCGACAAUGUUCCAAAAAUGACGUCACUCUUAUCCCUAAAAAAUGCUGACGUAUAAUGCUGACGUCACUUCCGCCGCUGGAUGGGGGGUUUCAUCUACUGGUGACGUUCACUGCUACACUUCCCGCAUUUCACUUUCGAUUUACAUUGAUUGGCUAUGUGUCCUGCAACCAAGCAUCGGAAACAUAACUUUUCCUCUUUGAUCCAUUGCGUUUUCUCCUCCAGGGUUUUUUGAGCGAAAGAUUUACACUCUGACAACGUAUGUCCGAUGCAUUUGUGGAACGGGCAGUGUUUUUCUUUAACUUCUUCAUCUUCUGUUUUAGUUUCUCCCGCCAAGACCGUAUGCAGGGGGUCCUCUGGUGGGAUAAGUGGUGGUAUAAAAGGCUUUCUCCGAUCUCCCUUUCCUCGUUUCUCGAAAGCUGUCACGUUUGGGUGAUUCUUGAGUAUGGACUGUUUCUCGAUCAUGGAGGCAAACACGGUAAAAUCAGGAUAAGCGUCUUUGUUUUUUAGAGUGAAUUCAACGACUUGCUUGUCCCAUGGUCUGGUCUGGUCACCAAGCAAGAUGGAGGUUGUUUUAUCGCUCCGUAAAAUGCUUACUCAAUCCAUAUCAAUCUGGUGUCAAUGAUUACUGUUCUUUUACUAUUUAUAUAUUUUUAUGUCCUUAUAAGCAUAUUCGUCAAUAUGGCAACAGAAAUAAAAAAUUUGGAGGCUAUCUUUGAUCGAAAAUUGAAGCCUUUAUUCUCGAAAUUCGACGAUUUAAAUACUAAAGUUGAUGAAGCUAUGUGUUCGUUAUCGUUUCUAAGUGCAAAAUAUGAUGAGCUAAAUGAUAAAGCUAUAAAUAUGGAAGCAGGAAUGAAAAAGCUAAAAGAUGAGAACUCUAUUUUAAAACGUGAUCUUGCCAACACAAAGGGUGAAAAUGAUCCAUUGAAAAUUGCUCAAGAUGAACUUGAGCAGUAUGGAAGACGAGAAUGUGUCGAAAUAAGAGGGAUUCCUUUGGUUCCUGACGAGAAUACUAAUGAAAUUGUCAUAAAAUUGGCAUCUAAACUUGGGAUUGAUCUUACCGAAACUGAUAUGUCUAUUAGUCAUCGCUUGGGGACCCCAGCUGCUGGCAGUACCCGUUCUGGUCGUUCUUUCAGUACAAUUCCAGUACCAGCUAUUAUUAUUAAAUUUACACGACGAGAUAUUAGGGAUAAGCUGUACACUUCAAGAUCUAAGUUGAGAAAUGUCAGUUUGAAAGAUCUUGGCUACACUAGACAU